ACACCACCAAAGAGAUUAGAUUUUCAGACAAGGCAUGAAGUUCGGGAAAGAGUUCUCGUCACAGAUGGUGCCAGAGUGGCACGAAGCUUACAUGGACUAUGAAUAUCUCAAAUCUCUUUUAAAAGACAUAACCAAAUUCAAACGCAAAAACAAUCCUCACCACAGCCAAACUCUCCGCCGGAAGCUAACCGUUUACCGAACAUUCAGCGGUUUACUCGCAAAAUCAGGAAGAAAAAGACAUCCCCACGGUAAUGCACCGAUCAGUCCCUUUUCAGAUUCAGAAGACGACAUCGAGGAAGGACUAAAAUCAGCACCGAUUCUAGUCCAUUCGGCGAGUCACGGUUACGAGACGACGUUUCUGAUGGCGGCGGAGGCAGGAGGAGAGUACGAGACGGUGUUUUUCCGGAGGUUAGACGAUGAGUUCAAUAAAGUGGAGAAGUUUUAUAAGGAGAAAGUUGAUGAAGUGAUGAAAGAAGCUGUGAUGCUUAAUAAACAGAUGGAUGCGUUGAUCGCGUUUAGGGUUAAAGUUGAGCAUCCUGAUGGGUGGCAAUGGAAAGAACGUACGGUGGAGAUGACUCGUUUAGCUUCGGAUGUGGCUAUCUCCGCCGCGGCUGUUGCAGCUUCUACUCCCGCCGGUGCUAGAUCCAUGAAACUUGGCGCUCAAGCUCUGGAAGCAAUACAUGAAGGAGGAUCAAGCAGCACUGGUAAAUCCGACGAAGACGAAGAUGAUGAUGAUGAAGAUAAGGAGAAAGAUGAAGAGAAAGUCAUUUACAAGCCAGCAGACGGUGACAUAAGUAGAUUAAGUGCUGCAAGGCCAUCUCCCAUCCAGGUUUUGGACCGUGUCAAGUUCAACAAUACGAAAGAAACUCCUCGGUCCACAAUCAAACACGUUCUAAAGCCCUCGAACCCGGAGCUCAAGUUUAGUAGAGAUAACUUGAGAAAAGUCGAGGAGAAGCUCAGACGCGCUUUUGUUGAGUUCUACCAAAAGCUUCGCCUACUCAAAAGCUACAGCUUCUUGAAUGUGUUGGCGUUUUCGAAGAUAAUGAAGAAGUAUGAUAAGGUUAGUUCGAGGAAUGCUACGAAGUCUUACAUGAAAAUGGUUGAUAACUCUUACCUUGGCGGCUCUGAUGAGGUUAUUAGACUCAUGGAGCGUGUUGAAGAUACGUUUAUAAAGCAUUUCACCAAUGCUAACAGAACAAAAGGGAUGAACAUCUUGAGACCCAAAGCUAAAAGAGAGAGACAUCGAAUUACAUUCUCCACAGGUUUCUUGGGUGGAUGUAUGUUUUCUCUAGUAGUGGCUCUAUUCGCCAUCAUACGCACCCGUAACAUAUUGCAGGAGGAUGGCCAAAAACAGUACAUGAACACCAUGUUCCCUCUUUACAGCUUGUUUGGCUUCAUUGUGCUACACAUACUUAUGUAUGCUGCCAACAUUUACUAUUGGACGCGGUACCGAGUGAAUUAUUCUUUCAUAUUCGGGUUCAAGCAAGGAACAGAACUUCGCUAUAGACAAGUCCUACUUGUGGGCUUCAGCAUUGGAGUUUUAGCUCUUCUUUGUGUUAUUGCUAAUCUUGACAUGGAGGUUGACCCUGAAACUAAUGAUUACAAAGCAUUAACCGAACUUCUUCCUCUCAUCCUCCUCAUUUGUCUAUUUAUAGUUCUUGUCCUACCAUUCAACAUCUUCUACCGCUCAAGUCGCUUAUUCUUCCUUACAUGCCUCUUUCACUGCCUUGCUGCUCCUCUUUACAAGGUAACUUUACCUGAUUUUUUAUUGGGAGAUCAGUUAACAAGUCAGGUUCAAGCUCUAAGAAGCGUCCAGUUUUACAUAUGUCACUACGGUUGGGGAGAUUACAAACUAAGACAAAACACUUGCACAAAGUCAGAUACUUACAAUGCUUUCUUGUUCAUUGUUGCUGUGGUCCCAUAUGUUUGUCGUCUCCUUCAGUGCUUGAGACGGCUAUUUGAAGAGAAAAACGCAGAACAAGGAUACAAUGGGAUUAAGUACUUCUUGACUAUAGUGGCUGUCUGUUUGAGGACAGCUUACAGUGUAGACAAGGAUAAUCAAUUCCUGUGGAGAUUGUUAGCUGGGAUCUUCUCAGCUAUUGCUGCCAUUUUCUGUACUUAUUGGGACUUAGUCUUGGACUGGGGUCUUCUAAACAGGACUUCUAAGAACCGUUGGCUCAGGGAUAAACUCCUUAUCCCACAAAAGAAAGUAUACUUCAUCGCUAUGACUGUUUUGGAUUUCAACUUCUCCUUCAUGCAUAGACAAACGAUGGUUGCUGUUGUAGCUAGUCUUGAGAUUAUCCGACGUGGGAUAUGGAAUUUCUUCAGGUUAGAGAAUGAGCAUUUGAACAAUGUGGGGAAGUAUAGAGCAUUCAAGACGGGUUUCCACUUUCAACAACUUUCAACCCCACAAGAUCACUCAAAAAUUGAUACACAUUGCCAUUUUCAUUUAAAUCAACACAUAAAUCACCAGAGAUACUGUGACCUGUCAGUGAUUAAUACCAUCCCUAUAAGUAAUCCUGUCUUCUCAACCACUCUUUCUUCAGACACAGAAACAAAACAAACAAACCAAAAACUUAAAGAUUUCAGACAAGAACUAAUGAAGUUCGGCAAAGAAUUCUCGUCCCAGAUGGUGCCUGAGUGGCACGAAGCUUACAUGGACUAUAACCAUCUCAAAUCACUUCUCAAAGACAUCGUCAAAUUCAAACGUGAACACACUCCUCCACACGCCCACGCGCAAAAUCUCCACCGGAAGUUAACAAUCUACCGAACAUUCAGCGGUUUAAUCUCAAACUCGGGAAGAAAAAGACAUCCCCACGGUGCUUCACAGAUCGGUCCUUUCUCAGAUUCAGACGACGACAUCGAGGAAGGACUAAACUCAGCGCCGAUUCUAGUCCACUCGGCUAGUCACGGUUACGAGACGACGUUUCUGAUGGCGGCUGAGGAAGGAGGAGAGUACGAGACAGUGUUUUUCCGGAGGUUAGACGAUGAGUUCAACAAAGUGGAGAAGUUUUAUAAGGAGAAAGUUGAUGAAGUGAUGAAAGAAGCUGUGAUGCUUAAUAAACAGAUGGACGCGUUGAUCGCGUUUAGAGUUAAAGUUGAGCAUCCUGAUGGGUGGCUUUGGGAGGAACGGACGGUGGAGAUGACUCGUUUAGCUUCUGAUGUUGAUAUCUCCGCCGCGGCUGUUGCAGCUUCUACUCCCGCCGGUGCUAGAUCCAUGAAAGUUAGCGCUCAAACUCUGGAAGCAAUACAGGAAGGAGGAUCAAGCAAAGCUGGUAAAUCCGACGAAGAUGACGACGACGAUGACGAAGAUAAGGAGAAGCAAGAAGAUAAAGUAAUUUCCGACGACACAAGUAGAUUAAACGCUGCAAGACCAUCUUCCAUCGAAGUUCUGGACCGUGUCAGAAUCAACAAUACAAAAGAAUCCCCUCGUUCCACAAUUAAACACGUUUUAAAGUCCUUGAACCCGGAGCUCAAGUUCAGCAGAGAUAACCUGAGAAAAGUCGAGGAGAAGCUAAGACGCGCCUUCGUCGAGUUCUACCAGAAGCUUCGCCUACUCAAAAGCUACAGCUUCUUGAAUGUGUUGGCGUUUUCGAAGAUAUUAAAGAAGUAUGAUAAAGUAACUACGAGGAACGCUGCGAAGCCUUACAUGAAAAUGGUUGAUAACUCUUACCUUGGCGGCUCUGAUGAGGUUACUAGACUCAUGGAACGUGUUGAAGCUACGUUCAUAAAGCAUUUCACUAAUGCUAACAGAACAAAAGGAAUGAAUAUCUUGAGACCUCAAGCUAAAAGAGAGAAACAUCGUAUUACAUUCUCCACAGGUUUCUUGGGUGGAUGUAUGUUCUCUCUAGUAGUGGCUUUAUUCGCCAUCAUACGCACCCGUAACAUAUUGCAGGAAAAUGGUCACAAAAAGUACAUGAACACCAUGUUCCCUCUCUACAGCUUGUUUGGGUUCAUCGUGCUGCACAUACUUAUGUAUGCUGCGAAUAUUUACUACUGGAGGCGGUAUCGAGUGAACUACUCAUUCAUAUUUGGGUUCAAACAAGCAACAGAGCUUUCCUAUAGACGAGUCCUACUUGUGGGCUUCAGCAUUGGUGUUUUAGCACUUCUUUGUGUUAUUGCUAAUCUUGACAUGGAGGUUGACCCUGAAACUAAUGAUUACAAAGCAUUAACCGAACUUCUUCCUCUUUUCUUGCUCAUUGUUAUGUUUAUAGUCUUAGUCUUACCAUUCAACAUCUUCUACCGCUCAAGUCGCUUAUUCUUCCUCACGUGCCUCUUUCACUGCCUUGCUGCUCCUCUUUACAAGGUAACUUUACCUGAUUUUUUAUUGGGAGAUCAGUUAACAAGUCAGGUGCAAGCUCUUAGAAGCGUCCAAUUUUACAUAUGUCACUACGGUUGGGGAGAUUAUAAACUCAGAAAAAACACUUGCACAGAAUCAGACACCUACAAUGCUUUCUUAUUCAUUGUUGCUGUUGUUCCAUAUGUCUGUCGUCUCCUUCAGUGCUUGAGGAGGCUGUUUGAAGAGAAAAACGCAGAACAAGGAUACAAUGGGAUCAAGUACUUCUUGACUAUAGUGGCUGUCUGCUUGAGGACAGCUUACAGUAUAGACAAAGAUAAUCAGUUCCUAUGGAGAUUGUUGGCUGGGAUCUUCUCAGCUAUUGCUGCCAUUUUCUGUACUUACUGGGACUUAGUCUUGGACUGGGGUCUUCUAAACAGGACUUCUAAGAACCGUUGGCUCAGGGAUAAACUCCUUAUCCCACAGAAGAAAGUAUACUUCAUCGCCAUGAUCUUGAACGUGUUGCUUAGAUUCGCGUGGGUGCAGACAGUGCUGGAUUUCAACUUCUCUUUUAUGCAUAAACAGACAAUGGUUGCUCUUGUAGCCAGUCUAGAGAUUAUCCGACGUGGGAUAUGGAAUUUCUUCAGGCUAGAGAACGAGCAUUUGAACAAUGUGGGCAAGUAUAGAGCAUUCAAGACGGUUCCAUUACCGUUCAACUAUGAUGAGGAUGAUGACAAAGAUAACUAGUUGUUUCAUCUAUUUUGUCUUAAAGUUGUAUAAAAAAUCAGAUUCUUCAACUAUAUUAAUCCAUAUAGAGUAAGAUGAAGACUGGACUAUAUAAAAGCUGGGCCAUCAAAAAAUCAUGAAAGAGAUGGUUAAUCUCAGGGCUUGUAAGAGUUGUUAUAAAGGAUGUGGUUAGUUUUAGGACUAGGAGUUGCUAUCUAAUUCUAGGCUAUUAAGCAAUGUAGUCUGUAUUUCUCUUUUUGAGUUUUUAAUUCUAGGUCAUUAAGCAACGACUCUGGAGAAUGAGAUUGUUUUCCCUGAGCAUGAAACUCUAAAUUAUGAAGGUCAUCCAAAC